ACCAGGGGCUCCGUUAUAUUUUUGACAUUUUAAAACAAUUUUGGUGAAUUACAUAUAGUUAUUUCGCUUAAAUUUGAACAAUUGUCAAUGUUUAGUCGUAAAUUAAAGGCUUUAGGCUAUCACAGUCACGACUGUUUUGAUGUUAAUGAACAAAAGCAGUUCUCUGCGGUUAUUGUGUGGUUGGAAGAUAUCAAAAUUCGCCUUUACAAGAUCGAGGAGCGAACUUUAUUAAGGGCAACGGACCAUAAAGAUUGGCCUUUGGCAUUUAAGCAGUAUAUUGCGGAUUUGGAAUGUCCUGUAAAUUCUGAAAGAAAAGAGCAAGUACUUGACUGGCUUCUAGGUCAUGCCAUUCGACUUGAAUAUGCUGACAAAGCUUCACAAAUAAAUGAAAUGUGGAUGGACCAAAAGGCCAGAAAACAGCACCAAAAGAAUAACUCUGUUGAAACUGAGGAUUCCAUAUGGAACAUUCAAGUUGAUGAUCCCAAUUUGAAAGCUGGCAUUUUAUCUUUGGCAAGUAUGUUGAAAAUUCCAGAACAUGAUGAUCUGCUUUUAAAAUUACAAGCCAUCCGUGCAAUAAUUGAAAAUAAAAUGACCCCAGAAUCUCAAGCUAAUGCAACAUCACAGAAAAAAUCUGAUCUUAAUGCAAAGUUUCUACAGAAUAUGAGUCUUGGUUUUGAUACUGGAGAUUCAGCUGUCAAUGAAGCUGCAAAAAUUCUUCGUCUUCUUCAUGUCUCUGAACUCCGCGAACUUCAGACGAGCAUUACGCAGGCUAUUGUUGCUGUGCAGUCACAUACAGCUAAUCCCAAAACUGACACAAAACUUGGAAAAGUUGGAGUUUAAACAAGUGAUUGUAUGAAUAAAUGUAAGUCUUGGUAUUUCAAUGUCAUAGUAAUAGCCAAUGGUGGUGCAAAUUGGAUUAUUGUUAGCCGGUUGCAAUAUGGACAUUAUCUGUUGAAAGGAACAAGGAAAAACCUCACGCUAAUGACGAAUUUUUUAUCGAAACUUUAUUCUAAAUUCGAAAAGUUUAUCUCAGAUUCAUGAAAAUGUUAGAAUAAAUAUUUUAAAGGCCACUUUCA